GUUUUAUUAAUUCUUUUUUUUUUCUUUUCAGUGUUGUUGUGUGAAGUAGCUUUUUAUUUGAUAGUAUGCUGACAGUAAGAAAAGGUUACACAAUUAUAAAAUUUAGCAUAACAAAAAUAUUCUUUCAUUCAUUAGCACAUUUCAACUUUAUAUGCAGACUGUCAUAGGCAAUCAUCAGUACAGCACCUGCUGUUCAUCAUGUUGCACUGUUUUUUUUUAAGCAAUUUUCUAUUUUAAGAAGUUUAGUGCUUGCUGGUGUUGCCCGGUUUACACGCAACUGCCUUUUUACACAUACUGUGUUGCCUUUACUUAGAUUUUUGUUAAAAAUAAUAAUGCAGUCCAAACUCUUUAUUUCCUGUUAACUGUGACAUUAGACCACCGAAUGUAAACAUGUCAGAAGAUCAAACCUAACACUUGAUAGUGGCUGCUUUGUCAUUAGAAUUCAUUAGAACUCGUUAGACGGUGUUAUGAUUAUACAUCGUUAUCAAGACUUUGGUAGUCUGACACCACAAAUGAUAGUCUGACAUCAAAUGAUGGUCAGUUCAACAUUAGCAGUAUUGUUACAAGUGUGCUAUCUUGGGCAAAAAACGUGAAGAAACAGUAGGGAUUUUUUUGUUUGUUUUUUUCAAGGUUUCUUGUCCUUUUGUAGCUUCUGUCAGUGUUUUACUUCCUCCAGCCAGCUAAAAACAGCAAGCUUAUGUUUUUUGUGAGGAUCUGAUGUAUGUGUUUAUUUAGAUGUAGAUUGGGCAGCUCAGAUCCGAUCAUAAGUGGCCACUCAAGAAAUAUGUAGGUCAACAUAGGUUAACAUGUCUAUAACAGCGAUUCAAUGUGCUAUGUAAAUGCAACAGAGGAGACUAAUGGCACUGAAAUGAGAGGUAAAGAUUCUCCUGGUUCGUAUUCCCAUUGCCUUUAUCAUCCUCCUGCUAUUUGCUGCGCUGAAUAAUAUACAUUAUCCUUGCCACCGACCAAGGGGAUCAAUCUUUCCAGUUCUCCAGGUCAGAUGUGGCUCACUGCGGUCAGACGGUGUGUCAUUUCCUGCCUGCACUGGCGAUUGGAGGCCCAAUUUUCACAGCCCAACAUACUGAUAUGCCUGGGGAAAAGGAAACUGAUGAAAGCUGAAGAUGCGGGGAUAUGUGUUAAUUCGACACAUGAUUUCAGUUUUUUCCCCAUUUCAGCCCUGGUGACAUGUUUAAAUACUCUCAUAACCGCUCCUUUUCAUUAAUCUGACAGCAUCCGCACACGUCAGCUUCAUGUCUGAAUGAGGACCUGGUCAACAGUCUUAUGAGGGUGGACCUAGUAAAAUUUACAUAUCACUUUCAACACAGGGUUAAACUGCAUGCAUUCAAUUUUACAGGCAAGCUCAUGAUUACGAUUCCUGCUGUCUGUGCAUUUCUCCGUUGCAUCCCUGUGAAUUGCUCAUCUUACACAGAGCGAAAGACACAGUUGCAUGCUUUCAGCUGCCAGAGGUAUACACGGACAACUCCAGAAUCACAGAAUGCCUUUCAAAGUCCUUAAGACUCUUGCCUUGGAGGUCAGCCUUGGAGGUCAGCUGCACAGCUCUCUCAACUAUUUACUGAAAGUAAUGGAAUUACUGGAAUUCUGCAAGUAUGCACAUUUGAUGCCAUGGCCAUUCUCAUUGUCACUGAAAACUACUUGGAGUUUGGUCUGGAGACAGGUUUUGCAAACUUUUCUGACAGCGCUCAACAGUUUCUGGAGCACCAAGGCCUCGACUCCCAGGGUCCCAUAUCUAAGCUCACCUUCAAGUUGAUCCUGGCCCUGCUUUGCUCUCUGAUCGGAGCGUUUCUAACUUUCCCUGGUCUACGGUUGGCCCAAAUGCACCUAGAUGCACUCAACCUAACUACAACCAAAUUUACACAGACUCUGCUUCAUAUCAACUUCCUGUCCCCUCUCAUCAUGGUCCUGCUGUGGGUGAAGCCUAUUACCAAGGAUUACAUAAUGAACCCCACUCUGGGAAAGGAGAGUGUGCCUUUGAUGACUGAACAGACGUAUGAUACUUUGCGGUUAUGGGCGAUCGUACUGAUGUGUGUGCUGCGGCUUGCUAUGAUGAGACAUCACUUGCAGGCUUACCUCAACUUGGCCCAGAAGGGUGUGGAUCAGAUGAAGAAGGAAGCUGGACGGAUAAGUACUGUGGACCUGCAGAAGAUGGUUGCACGUGUUUUUUACUAUUUGUGUGUUAUUGCACUACAAUAUGUGGCACCCCUGGUGAUGUUGCUACACACAACCUUGCUGCUAAAAACCUUAGGUGGUCACUCCUGGUGGGUUUAUCAUGAAGAAGACCUGCCUUGCACCCAUGAAAUGAACUCGGACUCUAUAAUGGGUGAAGCACCAACAGCAGCUCCAACAGCAGCUACGGUGAUAGAAACAGGAGCCCGAGCAUCAGUAGCUCAGCUCUCAGUAGCCCUGGGAGGCCUGCGGACUGUUUUCAGCCCCUUGCUUUUCCGGGGCCUCUUCUCCUUCUUCACUUGGUGGAUUGCUGCCUGCCUUUUCUCCACCUCCCUCUUUGGCCUCUUCUACCAUCAGUAUCUCAUGGCGGCAUAGCAUCACCAGGCCACUGGUGGCAUCAACCCCCCCCCCUCCAGCUGCACACACACACACACACAACCACAGUGCAACUAAUGUGUACAGCCUGAUCAAAAAGGACUGAGUGGGGGGGCAAAUGGAGGCCUACUUACAGCUCAACAUCCGCCCCCCUUUCCCUUCCUUCUUCUCUCUGACCACCAGUACAAUAACUUCAGUCAUAUCCUCAGAGCUCCUGGUUCAACUUCCAGUGCUUCCUCCAUAGACCAUGAACUCUGACAUUGUUUUUACAUGUGACCACAACUUUUGAUCUGGUCAAGAACAUUUAUAAACCUUAACAAGACUGUAAGAGUAAUCGGUAUCAGCAGUGUGUCGGAAGAGCUGUAAAAAGAUAAAUAAAUAAAUACAAUAGAAUUAAUUAAUUUUACUAGGUGAAAAUCGGUGUGGCAAUUCUGAUCAGUUACACCAUUUUUUUGUGAGGGGAGUUGAAUCCAUGGUAACUGUUCACAACAGAGCACAUGCAAUGAGUUUAAUUCAUCAGCAUCUUCAGAUUUUUGACAUCUUCUGCUUAGAAAAUGCAGGUUCUUUGCAGCUUUGUGCACAUCAGCAAGAGUCUGGCUUAUUUAAACCACAGAGUGCAUACAUGCUGCUAGGGGCCUGGAUGCUAAGAGUCCUUCGGGCAUAUUCAAGGUCCUAAACCCGAUGCACGUUAAAGAAGCUGCAUUUAAACCAAAGGAUGUCACUGAAUCUAGAUCUACAAUCACCUCAGCUGUUUAUGUGUGUGCGUGUGUGGUUUUACAUUUGUGGGAAACUGAUGAUUGCCACACUUGGGCCCAGAUUUGUCUCUUGAUCGAAACUUUUAACAUAUUUUUUAAACUUAAUAUAAUUUGUUGGUUUGUUUUGUUUUUUCCUGCAAUGCCUCAGAGAAGAGUCUUACUGUUUGGUGCUGACCGGUGAGUGUCUGUGUUAGAGGAGGGAGGGACAGGCUGGGAUAUUCCCAGAAUAGCUGCUCGGGAAGCGCCGUAGUCUAACCAGGGUUGUGGCGUCCGUAAUAAAAGCAGCGAGAAGCAGUGUUCAACUCAAAGGGUGACAUCUCGCUGACUCAAAGCUGAUUUCUUUAAAUGUGUCUAAAUGAGCUGAGAUAGAGGAGAGACUCUUUUAAAGAAAGGCGUAGUUUUGAUAUCAUACUUGCAUUGGAACCUUCCUGGUUUUAACUGAGCCAUUUUUAGAAGAUGUGGGAGAUGCGAAGAUGAUUCAAUGGGAGGGACGGGGUCAGGGUUCACGCUUGUGUCUGCAUCUACAGCACAAGGCUCUGUGCUGAAGGUCAGGUGAGGAGACGAUGUCAGCAACUGUUGAUAAGCUACUGCCUUUAUAUUGUUUGUUUUGUUUUUACUUCUAUCCAUUCAUUAGUUUUAACAUCGUGAGAACAAUCUUUGAUUUGUAUUCUUUUUUUUCUUUUUUUUUCCAACAGAACAAAUGUUUUGUUUUUUUAAUUUUAAAAAUGUGUGCCAAGUGAGUCUAACCCCGAACCCCACCACUCCUGCUUUUUCUUUUUUCCCCCCACAGGAAAAAGGACAAAAAAAAGAGGGAAUCACUAGUUCUGCUUCACAUAACGAUAUUGAAGUAUUUACCGUUCCUUUGUAUGCUGUAAUUCUCGGGGGUGGGUGAUUUUAAACGCACAAGCAGUCAUUGUGCAGAUGACACACUGGCCAAUGCGAUUGUCCAGUUUAUUCAGGAAUGUUGGGUACAUGGCGCCAGAUUAAUCGCACGGUGCUGCGGUUCUCUGGCCUGUCAUUUCCUUUUGCUUUUAAUAUACAAUCGAGCUGUAAUUUCAAAAUUCUAGCUCAGUUUUGUACAGAACCACCAUAUCAGCGUUUCUAAGCUCCUGAUGUCAAAAGUCUUAGCUUUAGUUGUGUGUUUUUAAAGGAUGGAGAAUAUGCACAUAAUGAAUGUAUCAAUCCUGCCUGAUUUCUAGAUUUUUUUGUUUGUUUCUUUCUUUGUUUUUUUAAUGGAAAUUAUUUGUUUGAUGACUUGAUUUAACACCCCUCACUCCUUGUACUUCUUAAACUCCUGUCUAAUCUGUCUAAAUCUGCCCCUCAAGCAAAUUGUAAUUUAUCCUAAUGACCAGUUUAAUUGAUUGAUCUGUAUUUUUUUUGUUGUUUUUUUUGUAUUUAUUACACAUAUUGAGGCCUGUAAACAUUUCUCAUUUUAAUGGCAAACUCUUUUCUUUCUUUGUCAGAGUGUGUGGUGGGCUAAAAUCAGUUUUGAACCUGUGUUUGACGGCGUGGUUCUGAUCGGUUGCGAAAGAGUACUUUCGGAUGCCUUAUCGGGCAUCGCUCCUUCAGUUUGUGUUACCAUUGAAAGUGUUUGUUAUUCAUUGCUGGGUUCACAAAGCAAAUUACACACACUGUUGUUCUUUCAUGUAUUUAUUUCUGCUUUAGAGUUUAGUCUUAAAUAAAUUAUGUUCUUUAAUUCGUCCUUUUUAAUACGUCCUUGUAGCUUCAUACACAACUUUACACAACUGGGACGUCGGUUAAUUAUCAAAACUUAAGAUGCAGUUGACUUAUUAAGGUCAGAAGAUCAGACCAAGCUCUGAAAAGUUAAAAGAAGACCUUGUGCAUUUUGUUUUGUCUGAUUUUCUGGCCAUGCCACCUUCUGAAACUUGUUUCCAGAUGACCAAAGAUGGAAACUCAUUUUAUUUUACAGGACAUUUCUGGUGAUAUCCCAUACUGUAGUAGAGGAACGUGCUCAACACAGACUAUACUUUUGUGGACUCUCUCUUCCAAAGGAUGCCAGCAGGAACCCUAGAAAGAACAAUAAGCAUUUUAUUAUGUGUUUCACUCCCAGUUUAGCUCGUUCUCACAGGCAAAUAACUUUUUUUGGUGAUGGAAAAAGGUGUGGUUUCUGGUAAACUGCUAAAUUAAUAAAUUGCUGAUGUUUUUAUAUGCCUUGGCUUUUGCUGCAGAGCUGUUUUUGUGGUGUGGCCUUCAUGAUUGCAUGGGGGGAGGCGGGGGAUACAGAGGCCCAUUUCUAAAGCAUCGCUGCUUCAUCUGCACUUGAAGACUGUAAGCACAUAAGGUCCUCUGUCCAAAUCACUGCUCCAAUUGCUUUGGAA